AUGUUGACCGGUGGUGGUAGUUUCUUCAACGACCCGGCUAAAUAUGCGAAUCCCAUGUUGACCGGUGGUGAGGAGAAUGACCAAGAAGAAGACGACAACAUCGAAGAAGACGAAGGAGGAGGAGGAGGAUACAUUCUUCGUGGGAACGAGAGGUUUCAGAAGAGGCUUAAACCGAACAAACCGGUUUCCGGUUACGACUUCGCGGGUCCAAGCGACGCGAACUGGAGAGACCACGAGUCGUUUGUGUUGUUAGAAGUAUGGGGAGACAGAUUCUUGCAGUUGGGUCGGAGGAUUUUGAGGAACGAGGAUUGGAACGAAGUCGCUGAGGAAGUGAGCGAGGAGCUUCGGUCGGAGAGAUCAGAGACACAGUGUUGUAGAAUGAUUGAUAGUUUGAAGAGAAAGUAUAAGAAAGAGAAGAUCAAGAUGGAGAAAUCUGGGUCUGGCUCGAGCAAGUGGUCGUUUUUCAACAAGAUGGAUAUGCUGUUUGGUUCUUCUCCUAAGUCGUAUCCUGGUGAUUCUGAAGAGGAUGAUAAUGAGGAGGAGGAGGAGCGUGAGAUUGAGUAUGAGAGGAGGAAGAAGGCAAACGAUGUGGCGUUGUAUAAGCUGUUGGCGGAUUCAGUUGAGAGGUUUGGGAAGAUAUAUGAGAAGAUGGAGAAGAGUAAGAAAGAAUAG